ACUUCAGCAUGUGUUGUGCCCACCAGCCCUAUUGAGGGAGACGGCCCCGAGCAUGUUGCGCAGCUACCGCUUGAGGACCAAGAGCGACAAGCUGAUGGAGGCGAUUGCUGAGCUGAUGGCGCCCAUUUGCCCAGCGCGCGAUGCGACGGUCUGUCACACUUGAUCAGCAUGCUCGUUUGUCAGCUCGGCCACGUUGCGCCGUUGAUGGCGCGGAGGGAGGCGUCUGCAUUCGCGCGGACACCGGGGGUGUCGCGCAGAGGCUGGUUGCAUGGCUGGUUGCUGUCGCGAUGGCGGGGUACAGCGUCCCGGAGGCUUUGGAGGUCGGAGGCACGAUGGCUUUGGUGCCGCGCUGGCCAACGCCCGCGGCACACGACGGCGAUCCUCGCAGGGCUCUUUAUCGAAACGCAUGGGCGCGGCCCUGUGCGCGGGCUUGCGGCGUCGCGGUUGGACGCUGGCGGAGGCUGGAAAUCCUGCCGCCGGCCCUCGCUUACACGCCGCAGCCCCCGCCAUGAUAUCACCAGCAUCUUGCAUCCUACUGUUCUGCCGUCGAGCGGUCUCUCACAAGUGUCGGGUGCGUUGACGAUCUGGUGUGUGGUGUGCACGUUGCCUUACAGGCUCUGCUCCUAGGCCGCCCCGCGCGUUUUGAGUUGUUCCUGCAGCAGUUGCGGCCGCCGUCGAGUCGGUCUCUGACGGAGGUCCACCCAGCUGUUGGCCCAUCUGACUGAGCACCCGCUAGCCAGCCAUCUAGCUUCGCGCUGCUGUAGGUACUUCUACGGGAUAAAGCAAUC